UGGUCAGGAGGUAUCCAGUGUUCUUGGGCCGAGCUCAUCGUCUGGCUCAGAGACAGGAGCUGCACAUCCAGACGGUCCUCCAAGUCAACCGCACACUUUACAUAGGAGCCAGAGAUGACUUAUACAGAGUGGAGCUGGACAACAUGGUGGGAGAGGAGAUGUUUUACAGCAAGAAACGGACCUGGGAGUCCAACAAGAACGAUAUCCGAGUGUGUCGGAUGAAGGGCAAACACGAGGAAGAGUGUCGGAAUUUCAUCAAGGUCCUGCUCAGCCAACACGGAGGCCUGUUUGUCUGUGGAACAAAUGCCUUCAACCCACUGUGUUCUAACUACACUCGAGACACUCUGGAAAUGGUCGGCGAGCCCGUCAGUGGRAUGGCACGGUGCCCAUAUGACCCACGUCAUGCCAAUGUGGCAUUAUUUGCAGAUGGAAGUCUUUUUACCGGCACAGUGACAGAUUUCCUGGCCAUCGAUGCGGUGAUCUAUCGCAGCCUCGGCGACAGCCCCGCGCUCCGCACAGUCAAGCACGACUCCAAAUGGUUCCGAGAGCCCUACUUUGUCAGUGCCAUGGAGUGGGGGCCUCAUAUUUAUUUCUUCUUCAGAGAAAUGGCGAUGGAGUUUCAUCAUCUAGAAAAGGUGAUGGUGUCCCGUGUGGCUCGUGUCUGUAAGUCUGACCUGGGCGGCUCUCAGCGCGUCCUGGAGAAACAGUGGACGACGUUUCUAAAGGCCCGGCUCAACUGCUCCAUCCCAGGAGACUCCCACUUUUACUUCAACCUCCUGCACGCCACGAGUGACAUCAUCCACAUGCAGGGACGAGACGUCAUCCUGGGUCUCUUUUCAACGCCCCCAAACAGUAUCCCAGGUUCUGCGGUUUGUGUGUUCGACAUGCAGCAGCUCGCUCACGUUUUCGAGGGCCGGUUUAAAGAGCAAAAGUCCCCCGAGUCCAUUUGGACACCUGUUCCAGAUGAGGCAGUGCCCAAACCAAGGCCCGGAGGAUGUGCCGUGCAGGGAUCCAGAUUUAGCACCUCGACCACGCUGCCAGACGAGGUGCUGAACUUYGUGAAGACCCACCCUCUUAUGGAUGAAACCGUCCCACUGCUGGGGCAAAGACCCUGGGUGGUCAAGACGAUGGGGAGGUACCAGCUGACAGCCAUGGUGGUAGACACCGAAGCUGGCCCCCACAAGAACCGUACGGUUCUGUUCCUGGGCUCCACCCGAGGGACCAUCCUCAAGUUUCUAAUGAUUCCAGGCGGAGAUUCGGUCUCACACAGCAGCGUGUUCCUGGAGGAGGUGGAGGGAUUCAACACGGAGAAGUGCGGCGAGGACUCCCCUCAGGCUCGUCAGCUCCUGGCCCUGACUUUGGACCGGACCAGCCACACUCUGCUGCUGGCCUUCCCCUCCUGCCUGGUCAGAGUGCCCACGUCUCGCUGCCACCUCCACUCGCGCUGCAUGAGAAGCUGCCUGGCCUCCAGGGAUCCGUACUGUGGCUGGACCAAAGGCAGCACCUGUUCCUUCCUGAGACCAGGAACACGGAUUCCUUUCCAACAAGAUGUGGAAUACGGGAACACCAGCUCCCACCUAGGAGACUGUGAUGGAUUUCUGCAGCAGAGUCUGUUGAUUGAACCAGAAAGCUUGGUCUCCCUCAACCUCCUUGUGGCGUCUGCAGUGUCUGCCUUCACCAUCGGGGCGGCGCUCUCUGGACUAGCCGUGUGCUGGAUCAUGGCCCACAAGCCCGCCAGCCGUCGCCACGGCGGCACCACGCAGUCCUCCAUCCAGCGGCGCGAGAGAGGCYUACUGAGCAACGCCGGGAUGGCGGGCUCCGUGCUGAGCGUGACACGGCAAGGAGGCGGGGAGCGCACCUGCUCGCAGGGCGGAGAGACCCUGUUCGUCAUGCCCAACGGCUGGGUGAAGUCCGGCGAGCUGGACCCCGGGUUCCUGCCCACUCCGGAGCACACGCCGCAGCAGAAACGCAGAGGCCUGCGGCUGUCCGACUCCAACUCUGGAGGCUGGGACACCAGCCAGACGUACCUGGGGGGUGGUUCCGUGGGCCUGGGCUCGCCCUGCCGCAUGCCCCCCUCCGUCUACCUGACCACCAGACUCUUCCAGCAGGGCGGGGGCGGGAGACACUGCGGCGACGGGCGUGGGAGCGACACGCCGCGYCAGCAUUACGUCUGCUUGAACAAGCAGGAGAAAGUGGGGAAGGGCACGCCGAAAGCCCCACUCAGAAAGUCCGCGGGAGAGUACGUCUACCCCAUGACCCCGCAGGACUCGCCCGAACGCCGAAGGGUGGUGUCGGCACCCAGCGCCCCCGUGGAGUACAGCGAGCCUCUGCCGCUGCGCUGGCCGGCUCAGGAGGGCUACAUCCUCAGCAGCCACGGGAUGGUGCCCCUSCCUCUGCCCCUGCCCCCGCCCGCCAUGCCCCCUCCGAGCGGCCAGGGCUACAUGUCCCAGCAGCACACGCCGGGACUGAGCCGGGCUCUGCUGAGGGGGGCGCUGGAGCGGGGGGAGCUGGGGGAGYUGGUGGACCUCAGCCAUCUGAUGAGUAAGAAGAACUGCAGUGACAGGACUCAGACCGGCCAGUGACUGUGGAGAGAAUGAAGGAGACAGGAUUCUGCCCGCGUGUGGAGCUCUUAUUUCCAUAGAUCUCUCCUUUCCCCUCCUCAUUCUGUCAGUCACCUCUCCCGUUUCCAUUCUCUUCUCCCCCUCCCCACCUCACAUUCAUUUUUCAUUGUCAUCCGGCUCCCUCUGCGCUGUCAGUCUCUCAGGCAAAACCUCUUCAACCCAUAAUGAGUCUUUCCUUAUGACUGGCUGCAGGCUUUGCCACUCAUAUCAYGGCUCGCACUAAUUGGUCAGAUGGUCUGAGGUUGUUGCUGUGUCUGCAAUGCAGAGUUGCCUCUCUCUCUCUCCCCGCUCUCAGUGGCAGCAGGACAAGGGAGGAGAGGGGAUGAAGGGGGAAAAGAUGGACAGAGAGAGAGMGAAGGAAAGAAAGAAAAGCCCCAAACGGGGAGCAGAGAGGAAGAGGACAGAGACGAUUGAGACUGCUUUGACUGAGGCUGCAGGACCAGGAGUGGGAUUCUGGGUCCCUCUCCUGCAACGUUAACAAGACUGCCAGACAUCUGCUCCCAACUUUAUAUCUUGUUGGUCUGAUUGCCAACGACGUACUUGAAAGGAAAUUGUGAAUUCUGAACCUCAUUUAAUCUAAUGCUCGGGGUGAUUCAUCAGACAGACUUUAGGGUUAUUCUGACCGAACAGAUGAAUCAAAGCAACAUCCUUCUUCUUGUUCCUCUUGGUAUUAUUAUUAUUAUUCCUUUUUGCACACUUAGAAACACUUGCUUACAUGUUUUUGUGCAGGUGUGGGGKGGAGGGGUCUUCAGUAUACUAUAGAAAGCAUGACUCGUGUGCCAAAUGCCUCUAAGUUGUCUCAUAGGGAUAUGGGACCAUAACUCAUGUCUGCAGAGGCAGGACUGAAAUGUCAGCAGUAUUCCUGCCAACCACACGCUCUUUGGAAUGACAGCAUCUCAGCUGUUUGUUCCGUUUUUUUCCCCCCUCUCCCCCCUCCACUUCUUCGUUUUCUUUAACAACCAGUAAUUCUUCAAGGACGUCAGGUGGGGAAAGGACCACACUGCUGGACUGAUGUGAAAAAAUAGCAUAACAAGAAGACAAAGAAAAGGAAAAAUAAGAGUUUGUUGUUGGGGAUGUAAAAGAAAUGCCCUGAAUACCUGYGUUUGUUGCUGUUUGAAUGUAACCCGGCUUUAUUUAGUAUAAUUGGUCUGUAAGCCCCACGGUGGGUCAAGGUCCAGUGAAUGUGUUGCAGUGCGAAGUGACAGUUACAGUGGUUCUGACUGAAACCUCCGAGCCAACAGGGGUAAUGGAAAGGUUCCCAGCAGGCAAAUGAAACCAUAUUUUCAGCCUAACAAAAUGUGCUGUGCUGGGUUUGCUUUAAACCAGAGACUAAAGGCAUAAAAACAUGCCAAGUUAUAAAAAAAUAAUGCAAACAUGUCACUAAUUACUACAUGGUUUCAAUCUGUAGAUCGACAAAUGAAUGCAGGUGCGUGCCGACCCAAAUGUGAGCAGCAAUAUUGAGUUUAAAUGUAAAUAGUGAAUCUCUGUUUCGUUAAAAUGAUUACGUGAAACAGUACAGUAUAGUCAGACAGAAACUAAACAUCAUGUCAUUAAUGUUUACUUUUUUCUUCUUCUUUUAAUAUGUGAUUCAUAUCAACCAGGCAUCAGGAUGGAUUUCAGCAAGCCAGAGUGUCUUUUUUUCUCACAUCGAUGUGCCAAAUCAAACUGAUGGAUAACUUUUUGAUGCCUGAUCACUGAAGCAAAAAGAAAAAAAAAUGGAGAGAGAAGCUUGUUUUAAAGUGCCGUGAAGAAGCCAUGUCAGUCAGCAGAGCACCUUUUUUUUCAUGUACUGUGGUUUUGAAAAGGGCAGCACGGUGGUGCAGUGAUCAUAAGUUUGUCUCAGAGUCUGGGGCCUUUCUGUUUGCAUGUUCUCCCCGAGCACAUGUGGAUUUCCUGUGGGUAUUCUGGUUUCUUUCUUCAGACUGAAAACAUGCUUGUUAGGUAAUUUGGUAAUUCAAAAUGGUUUCAAAAAUGAGAGUGUGGAUGGUUGUUUGCAGUGGUGGGCACAGCUAACUAAAAAGUUAACAACUAAGCUGCUAAACAAGGAUCUUGGCUUAGCAAACURAUCCGUUAAACAGAUUUAAAAAAUUAGUGGCAGCUAAUGUUGUCCACUGAGUAAGACAACGGACAUUUAGUCUGUGUCCUAUGUCUUCAUCUCCUUUCAACUGAAGACCUUUCAGAAUAAAGCWUUUMUUUGAUCAAGUUUGUAUUUUUAUUAAUCUGUUUAAAAUUAGCCAAACAACAAAUAUCAAAUACUUUCUCUACCAUAUUGUAUAUGUAGUCAAUCUUUGUAUUUGUUAUUUAAAUAUUGUUAAAUGUUAUUUUAUUUCUUAUUGAUGCCYUUAAUUUGAAAUUUACAAAAACACAUAGGGUGCCUGACACGUCCAACAGGUCCAAAAUAAGUGGCAUAAAAAUAGAAGUUUUGCACAAUUUUAGAGGAAGCUAAUUUGUCCACUAACAGUUUCCUAAGUUAGCAAAAAAGUUAAUUAAAUAAAUGAGAAGCUAGUUCUGCCAUUAGUAGAACAGUGCCCACCACUAGAUGUUUUUUCUCUAUGUGGUCAUAUGAUGGAGUCAAAUAGGGGUCUCUGCAAUACAUGGGAGGAGCUUCUUGUGUGGGCGGAGUUUGUCCUAUCCAUGAUUGGCAGAGUUUAUGACUGGUUGGAUUGAAUUUAAAAGAAGAAGUAAUGUUAUUUGUAAAAAUAUUGUGAAUAUGUAAAUAUGAUAUAUGUACCGUUUAAAACAGAAUGACUCAAAAAUUUUUGUGAACAUGUAAAUAUAAUUUAUUUGACCAUCCUGUCUGAAAUUGUCACUAAUAUUAGGUAAUAUUCAUUUUAAGUGGUCUUUUUACAGGCUGGCUGGGGAUGUUUAGACUGAGCUGAAUUGUUACACGUCCCUUAUCGUUCAGAUUUCCUUUGAUGAGUUCUAAAAU